AUGCAGAACUACUCAUUUGCGCCCCCGUCGGGGCCUCCCCGCGAGGGCCAGAAAAACUACGUAUUCGUCGACGAACAUAAUCGACACAAGAGACUGAAGGUAAUGCGGGCCUGCAAUGGCUGUCGGAAGAGAAAGAUCAAGUGUGAUGCAGCCACAACCAAUACAUGGCCGUGCUCGGCAUGCACGCGCCUCAAACUCGUCUGUGUUCCACCCACUAUCGGACAGGACGGCGAUUUUGGCCCCGAUUCUCAAGGCAUCGAAUUCGACACUGCAGGUCCUUCCGGUGCUCCCGAGGGCUCUCAUCACGCUUUUCCGGUGCCUCCAGCCUAUCGAGACGGCAGCCAGGCGACCGUGGGAUCUAUGCCUUCCUACGAUGGAAUAGGCCUGUAUCCUCAGUUUGUGCACGCUCCCCCGAGUCAAACCGGAUUGUAUAACGAUAUGCGGUCGCCUCCGAUGGUCUCGCCACACCAGUCAUAUCAACAGCCUCAAAUGUUUGCUGGAGCACAAUCGUCUUCCUUAGGAACCGACCGCGCCGUUUAUGUCGAAAGUGACCCUUCGACUGCGGAGAACCUCAGUGACGUUCUUGGAGAGCUGAAAAUUGACGAGACAGGCAUCGCCCCAUAUAUUAGGAGGCAAAGAAUGGACCGCACUGAGCCCGAUGCACCUGUUCAAGAUGACGUCGAGGAAAGGCUUCCACCCCUCAGCACAGGCGCGGGUGCGACAAUCCGGAUUCCUCCCGAACUUAUGCCCUCAGACGACGAUGUGAUGAACUACUUCCAAAUAUACUUCGAUGAGAUCCACCCUUACGUGCCCGUCAUACCGCGGGCUCAUCUAUACUAUCAAUGGCAGAACGACCGCAGCUCCAUCUCCCCCUUCUUCUUGAGGCCUUGUUUGCAUGCGCUGGCCGAUUAUCUGACGAGCCGGCGGAGGGCGCUCAGGCACGAGACUAGCUUCAUGGAUGUUCCCCGUUUAAGUACUAUUCAAGCUCUUCUUCUCUUACUGAAAGCCAGGGAGUCUUUGCCCAAAAAGGGCUAUUACUACCGAUCCUGGCAGACCGUCAAGACAAUUGUCUCAAUGGCCAAGGAUCUGGACAUUCACGAGCAUUACAGUACCCAUUCCGAAGGAAGACCGUGUGAAUUGAGCCCAAUAGAAUGCCUCGUGCACACUCGAGUAUGGCAGGCCCUUUUGGUGGUGGAAGUGAUGAUCGGAGCACCUCAAGGCCGCUCCGACUACGGCGUGGACCCUGAAACCGUUGAUAUGCGUCCGACACUAGACAUCAGGGGUCUCGAUCCGUACGAGAUAGAACGAUCCCGACAGUAUGCCUAUUUCGUUCGGAACGCACACCAUAUCCGCAUUAUUACGGAUAUCUAUCACAAGGUCAAGAAACAGAAGGAUUGGGGAGCCAAUCCUCAAUUUGUGCAGAGAAAUCCGCUUUUUGCGGAUUGGCUUCGUAGUUUACCAGGUGAUCUGCAGGUCAACUACCCAGCCGACGGCUUGCCUCCUUGGAUCCCCUCUCAUUUCGUGGGCAAUAUGCAUUCUCACUGUCAUCUUGCAAUCAUUCUCCUACACCGUCCGCAGCUUUUAGCCUCCCAGUCCUUCGCGGCUGGGGGCGACUGGAGAGUCCAUUUCUCCCUCUGCUAUUCUUCAGCAAAGAAUAUCUGCCGGUUACAGGAAGCAAUUCUCGAGAGAUUUGGGCUUUCCGGUCUUCUCUACAUGCAAAGGGGGAUUAAUUUCGCCAUCUAUUGUGUCCUCACCUGCACUAUGCUUCACUUGAUUGCAAUUACUUCUCCAGAUCCCGAGUUCAACUCCGACGCUCGUGAAUUUUUCACUCGCCACAUGCGCAUCCUAGAGCGAUGCUCUACAGCCUGGCCUAUGCCCGAAAUUCAGGCACAGAUCGAUUCAUUGAAGCUAGCUUUCUCCGCUGACACCAGUCGUCCAUUUGAGCUGAAACCGAGUUUCCCAUACGGAAGUCCCUCGGAGCCCUAUCAGCCCAGUCCGCCUAUGGAUGCCCACUAUCAUCCACACCUGAAUCAGGUGUCAAGCAAUGUCCAAUCCAGAGUGGGUUUCAACACACAUCCCAUUACUCCUCCGAUUUCCGCUGGUGCUGAAGACUCGAAGUCCGAUACAUCCUCUCAGUUACAAUCUCUUGGAAUGGUGCCCCAUCAAGCACCUACCACCCACCCUCUAGACGCUCCAUUGGUUGAUGAAAACAGCUGGGAUCCGACCCGCAUUAUCAAUCAAUGGGAUAUGGCUUUCUCCGUGAACCCCUCCACAGUCUCCACCAGCUCUCCCCCGAUGCCGAUGAACAACACCCCGCAACCCAUGUCAAAUUUGGUGAAUCACCAGUUUCCAAUUCAAUACAAUUCGCCUUCCAAGGUGACGGUCGCGCCGACCCAGUCUGUGUCACCGCCGCAGUUCCAGACGCCACAGGUCGUUUUUAGCGCAAGAGAUUGGCAGCAGAGUGUGGCGAGUGUGUAUGAUCCCCAGGGGUUGAAACGACGAUGGAAUUAUCCAGUAGACCUCGACUCUGACAACAUGACCAAACGACGAGGCUAA